GGCACCGGGAGGGAACUGGGACGGAACUGGUGCCACUGGUGCCUCUGCCCCCCCCAGGUUCACUUCUUCAACAGCUUCUUCUACGACAAACUGAGGACCCGCGGCUACGAGGGGGUGCAGAGAUGGACCAAGAACGUGGACAUUUUCGGGAAGGAGCUGCUGCUGAUCCCGAUCCACCUGGAGGUUCACUGGUCCCUCGUGGCCGUGGACGUUUCCCGGCGCAGAAUCACCUACUUCGACUCCCAGCGCACCCUCAACCGCCGCUGCCCCAAGCACAUCUGCAGGUACCUCCAGGCCGAGGCCGACAAGAAGGAGCGGCCGGACUUCCGGGAGGGCUGGAGGGGGGCCUUCAAAAUGGUGAGAGACCCCCCAGAACGGCCCCAGACACACCCGGGACCCCCAAAAAUGGACUCGGGACCCCCAAAAACCCCCCCGGGACCCCCGAAAACAGA